AGGAGGAGGCUCCGCCGCCAUCUGUCCCCGUACAGUUCAGCACCCGGAAGUGUCUGUUUCCCGGGACAGGAUUAUCGGCUGCACAAUGGCGGCUCCGGAGGAGGACCGGGAUCCUCUCAGUUACUUCGCCGCCUAUGGCAGCUCUAGCUCGGACAGCAGCGAUGAGGAGGCCGAGGAGGAGAAGGUGAAGGCGGCGGUGAAGAGGCCGCUGCCCUCCCAGAUGCUGCCGGGCCCGGAUGAGCUCUUCCAGACCGUGUCCCGUCCAUCUUUCCUCAGCGCCCCCAGCAGCAAGCCCAUCAACUGGGAGAAGCGCCUGGUGCGGCCCCCGGAGGAGCCGCCUCGAGAAUUUAAAUUGUGGAAGAACAAUGCGGUCCCACCCCCAGUGACCUACGAGGUGGAGGAAAAGAAAGGUCCUCCCCCAGAGCUUGACAUGGCAAUAAAAUGGUCCAGUAUGUACCAGGACAAUGGCGAUGACGCCCCCCAGCAGGCAAACAAGCCAAAGUUCCUGCCGGAUGAAGAAGCAGAGGAGGUUGAGCCUGAGGAAGAAGAAGAAAAGGAUGAACCGUCUACCGCUAAAAAGCGCAAAGUGUGACCGAUCACUGUGGUACCGACCCAGAGCGCCAGGAUCUAUGGGUGGGAAUAAGAAGCCUCUCCCUUCUCAAGCCAUCCAUCUGUCAGACGACCUCCAUAUCUGAGUGUGUAGACUAGGGUCCCCCCCCAACCAGGGUGCCUCCAGCUGUUGCAAAACUACAACUCCCAGCAUGCCCGGACAGCCUCCGGCUGUCCGGGCAUGCUGGGAAUUGUAGUUUUGCAACAGCUGGAGGCAUCCUGGUUGGGAAACACUGGUGUAGACCAAUGGUCUGUAACCUGUGGCAAAACUACAACUCCCAGCAUGCUCUCCCACGCCAAGAGAUGUAAAUUUUGCCGCAGGCUGGACAUUGGUGUAGAUCUUUCGCGUGUCAGUAUUUACUCAUGUUUAAGCACAAUUGUCUUGGCUGCAGUACUUUAUGUCUUAGGACGUUGGGUGUAGUAUAAGGUGCUAGUCUUGGUGAAUGUAAGGAGCCAUAAGGGGCCCCUGGCCCCUGUCCAGCAAUACAUUCAUAUUUUUAUUUUACACUGAUAAUAAUGCAGUUUGGUUCUGCCACUUGUCUGCAUUGUGUUAGAAGCCUUUUAUAAAGGAGCGCAUUACAGAGUAAGUUAUUGAAAGAAUUCUGCAGAGAAAUCAUUAUGUAAAUAGGAGACUGGAAAUAAAUCUACAUUUCAUA